UUUUAAUGUUGAUUGUUUUGGAAGUUCAAAACAUGUUGUCACAUAUAGCGUGAUUCGGACAUGUCCAUUUGAUAUAAAAGCCUUGUGGACAGUGCAGUAGUGGUCAGUUCAAAAGGAGAAUUGAAGUAACUACUAGUAUGGCAAAAUACCUGAUACCUUUGACUUUUGGCAUUUGCCUUGUUGGAUUUGUGCUACCUGGAGCUAUAGCAGAUCCAUGUGGAAUAGUAGAGAGAGGUGAAUAUUGUGGGACAUUGAUGCCCCCUGGUAUAUUCACACUGGCUGGGCGGUGUGCGGAGGGAGACGAAUGCUUCUGCAAACCAGAGAAAAAACCUGAGGAAGAGAAUGAAAAUGCCCCUGACCCCUAUAUGGAUGAUGACAUGGUUCCAGAAAAGAAACCUAAAAUGGAACCUAAAAUGCAACAACCCAAAAAAUGUAUAUGUACUGAUCCAGCAGAAAUCAAGGCACAUAUGGAAAUGGAAGAAGAGGAAGAAGAACAAGGAAUGGGAGGAAAGAAAGGAAAGGGAAGGGGAAAGGGCAAAGGCAAAGGAAAGGAGGAAACUGUUGAAGGAAGUGGUGAUCCAACUGGUACUGCUCCAACCACUACUCGACAACCAGGCAAGGGAAGAGGAAAGAAAGGAGGAAAGAAAAGAGGGAGAGGACCCAAAGGACGAUAGAUAACUUGUCCAAGAUGAAAUCAAUCAAAUACCAAUCAGUUGAUAUAUAUUUGUGAAAUAUGAAUAAAUAUUUUUAUGACUGAAUAACAUUUUCUUUCAAUUUGCAAAAUUCUGAAUAGUUUUGUUAUGUCACCACUACAAAUUAUGGUCUUUUUGGAUGGUGUUGGGCAGUAGAUGUUCAAAAUACAGUAUCUGUAACAAAUGGCAUGUGGUGCCAUUUUUCAUGUUAAUACCUUGUAAGAUAUGAUGGAAUCUCUCUUUCUUGUAUGUAAUAUACAUUAUGAAAUGAGGCAAUUCUGAUUGGUUGUUAUUUCACCGUCAGUGAUGACAUAUUGACAUGGUCUCCAACUUUCUUACCAAAGGUGUCCAGCAUCCAGUGGUCGAGGUUUGGAGUUCGCCG